UUUGAAGCCCUCAGAGAUGCGCUGGUGGCUCCAUGAUGGAUCUCUCUCAGGAUGGGGCCCACCGGUUGAUCGAGCUUGAGGAGGGAAGUGGCUUCAACUCCGAGGAUUCGUCACUCAUACAUUCGCCAGCACCUGGCAAUGGCAACAUUCGUGUCAGAGGUCGAAGGCCUGCGUGCCACAGUUGGAACAGUGAUGCUGAUCCACCAGAACUAGCUCGACCUCCAGAAGAGGAGCAAGGAUGGACUGUGGGUCGGACACGGUUUUCCUCCUUUGGAGGAUCUGCCCUGGAGCUCCGUUGGGAGGCUUUGUCUAUGUGUUCAUGGCAAGUUCCUCGAAAGCACCACGAGGCAGUUCAAAUUCUGACCAACGUUAGCGGGACUGCAAGGGCUGGGAAGCUCACCUGCAUACUUGGUCCCAGUGGUUCUGGCAAAACCACCUUGCUAAAUGUGCUGGCUGGUCGUCAAAGUGGUGGGCAGCGUCAUCGAAUCCGCAUCACCGGCCAGGUUUGGAUUUCGGGGCAGCGAGUCGACCCACGACUUGUUCGAUCGCGGAUUGCGUAUGUCAUGCAGAAGGACGAGAUGUUCGCAACUUCCACACCCACGGAGGCCUUGAGCUUCUCUGCUUCGCUCCGUCUUUCUGGGCCGAGGGAGGACCGGAAGGAGUUGAUCUCGGAGCUGCUGGGUUCUUUGGGACUCAGGAGUUGCGCAGACACGUAUAUUGGCAAUGCAGUCCUCAAUGGCUUGUCAGGAGGUCAAAGGAAACGAACUGCGAUUGGUGUCGAGCUGAUCACACGGCCUGAUAUAGUUUGCUUGGAUGAGCCGACAAGCGGCCUGGAUUCUUUUGCUGCAUAUCAGGUCAUGAAUGUCUUAACAGAUCUCGCAAAAGCCGGCUGCACUGUCAUUUGCACCUUGCACCAGCCCAGCAGCGAGAUUUUUGCAUUGAUUGACCAGGUGAUAUGUCUUUGUGGUGGCCACUGUUUGUGGGCUGGUGACCGGGAUCACAUGGCAAGCCACUUCACCAAGGUAGGAUAUCCGUGCCCUGUGGGCUUCAAUCCUGCAGACUUUGUCAUUUUCUUGAUGCAGACGGAGCCAAAGCCAAAGACCGAUGAGCUGAUUCGCAUUUGGACUCAAGAGCAAAUAGAUGGAGCACUUCAUCGCAGUAGCGAGUCCGGCCUUUCCACAGGCUCAACAGAUGAGCAUGAGCAUGAGCAGCAACAGCAGCAUGAGCUAUGCAGGACACCCAAAGGCCGUGCGAGGAGGGCAUUCUUGGCUUCAUUCAGUGCGGUUCAGAAAAGCUUUGGCAAGCAGCUGAAGCAGCUGGCCAAGCGCGAGUUGAGAGCUGUAGUCCGGGAUCGCACUACACUGGCAGUGAGGCAGAUUCCCACGAAAGUCUCGGAGUAG